GUUCCAAAAUGUUAAUUACGGAGCUACUCACAAAAGAAAAUUUAGAAAUCUAUAAAAGUGCUAGGGAAUUAUUUAAAAAUUCGGCAUGGUCGUAUAAUGGACUGGUAUAUAUUUCAGAUUCUGUCGGAUCGAAAAAACUAAUUCGCAAAUUUCCAGAACUUGAUGUUUAUCGCAACUAAAACAAUAUAAACAACAAUGGUGGCUAAAUAUUUGUGUGCGUAAAUUGGUGUACGCGAGUGAUGUGCCAUAAAGUAUAAGUUUGGAUUAUAAUACCAUCAAGCAAACUGCCUUAAGAAAACGAAACGAAAUAAGAGGCAUUUAUCUAAAAAUACCUUUCCCUCUAAACUUCAAGAUAUAUUUCUUUAAUGUGACAAACCCAAUGGAAGUACACAAUGGUGCAACCCCAAUACUUCAACAAGUAGGGCCAUACUAUUAUGAUGAAUACAAAGAGAAAAUAAACGUCGUAGAUAAUGAUGCUGAAGAUAGUUUGCAGUACGACGCUUUUGAUACAUACCAAUUCAAUAAAACGUUAUCUGGCUCUUUAUCGGAUGAGGAUUAUGUGACCAUCAUACAUCCGCUACUUGUAGGUAUGGUUAAUACAGUAACAGCGACGUCUCCUGCGUUAUUGUCGAUAGUAAACCAAGCCAUUACGCAUAUUUUUAAUGAACCAAAGACGAUAUAUUUGACAGAUAAAGUAAAAAAUAUUAUGUUUAACGGUAUGGAAUUAAAUUGCCAGGGAUCAGAUUUUGCUUCAAAAGCAGUAUGCACGCAAAUAAAAUCUCAGAUGAAAGGAGUAAAAGAAUCACCAACACAAAAAAAUGUAUUAUUAUUUUCUUUAAUAGGACCCAGGAACGCCACUAUUGCUGACACAAUUAAAAUCAUGAGGGGUAUUAAAAAUUACAGAGAUCUGGGAAGAGUACUAGAAGUUAAUGGUAAAAAGGAUAUUGGAUUGUGGGGAACUGAAGAAUGCAACAGGUUUAAAGGCACGGAUGGUUGGAUUAUACCUCCACUUCUAAAACCCGAAGAAGGAAUUAAAUGUUAUACUACUCACUUAUGCAGGAAUAUUGCCCUCGACUAUGUUCGAGACGAUGUAGUUAAAGGAAUUAACGUACGAAGAUAUGAAGGAAAUUUAGGCGACCAGCAAAACAAUCCAGCUGACAAAUGUUACUGUCCAGAAUCAAGACCAUGCCUUAAAACAGGAACAUUUGAAUUAUCGAAAUGUGUAGGUGCACCAAUUAUAGCCAGCUUGCCGCAUUUCUUGGACGCAGAUGAAUCGUUGUUGACCCAAGUUAAAGGCUUAAGCCCAGUCCAUGAAGAUCAUAUUAUGAAUGUAAACAUUGAUCCGAUGACCAGUGCUCCAAUUAGUGUUAGAAUCAGAGUCCAAAUGAAUCUGGAAAUAGCGCCAAAUCCUAAGAUUACAAUAAUGAAUAAUCUUACCACUGCGUUACAUCCUAUUUUCUGGUUGGAAGAUGGUUUAGACUUAGAAGGUCCAUUGUUUACAAAAAUCUCGAAUAUCUUUAUACUACUAAAAAUGGCUCACAUAAUGAAAUGGCUCUUUCUGGUUGCGUCAAUCGGAGUAUUCGGAUAUGGAAGCUAUACGCAUUUCAAAUCAAGCAAGAAAGUUAAGAUUACUCCAGUACACCAGCGUACAACUACUGAUGAUAAUCCUGUAAAAAGAAGUACCAACGAGUUGAUCAGUCAACUUAGAAACGAGGGAAAAAACGGAUAUACAAAUAAUAUUAUGAGCGGUCAUGAAUUUGAUAGAUACAAAUAAAAAAUUAACGAAAUUAAUAUUAAGCUUGUGUUACAGUAUUUUCAACAACCAUUUUCUGCUGUUGAAGGAAUUGUAACAAAAAUAAAGUGAGAACUGUUUUUUGUAUCUAAACUGAAUUGUUAAAAUAUGGUUUUCUUGAUUUAUAAAAAAUAACCAUAUUUAUAACGAUAUUUUUAAUGCCACUUAAUAUCCAGUACAAACAAUUGAUACCUACUGUCUGUUUAAUAGUUCAGUCCCUGAGUUAAAUAUCUGUAUUAACCCUCAGUCUCUCACUACGUUUAGAUUUCUGUACAGUUACUUACCAACGGUACCUGUAAGCCACCUUAUUUUAUCGGUCAUAACUUUGUACAAUAAGCUAAAAGCGUUGAUUGUUUCCAACGAUCCUAGAGUAGGACACUUAAUCAAACGUAAACAAACCUUAAUAAGUGCGUUCGCGGGUAAAGUGGACAAAUUGUCGCCGACAAUUUCUAACCUCACUUAAUAUAAAUAAUACCGUUAAUAGAUAAAUACACAAGGUAUAUUUACUUUUAAUUAAUAUUAAUAACUAAUUAUUAAAUUAUGCUAGGCAAAUAUACCUUGUAUAUUUAUCUAUUAACGAUAUUUAUAUCAUUUUAAAGUGCGCAUGCGUUUUGCUGCUAAUUUGUCGCCGGCAGGCACCCGCGAACGCACUUAUUAAGUGCGUUCGCGGGUCCCUGUCGGCGACUAUUCGGCGACCAGUUAGCAGCAAAGCGCAUGCGCACUUUAAAAUAAUAUAAAUAAUAUCGUCAAAGAAUACCUACCUACGGUAGAUAUGUAUACUUUGAUAUCGUUAAUAGAUAAAUAUAAAAGGUAUAUUUACCUAGUAUAAUUUAAUAAUUAGUUUUCACUUACCCUUAUUAAGUGCAUUCGCGGGUGCCUCUCGGCGACUAGUCGGCGACAAGUUAGCAGCAAAGCGCAUGCGCACUUUAAAAUGAUAUAAAUAAUAUCGUUAAUAGAUAAAUGUACAAGGUAUAUUUACCUAGUAUAAUUUAAUAAUUAGUUAUUAAUAUUAAUUAAAAGUAAAUAUACCUUGUAUAUUUAUCUCUUAACGGUGUUAUUUAUAUUAAGUGAGGUUAGAAAUUGUCGGCGACAAUUUAUUUUGUCCACUGUACCCGCGCACGCAACUAAUGUUUAUUAAAACUAAAUCGUCUGAAGUAGCCCUGGGCCUGCAAGGCCUGUUGAGCUUUUAAAUAAAUAAAUAAAAUCGUUUUAAUGCCAUUAUUUUUGAAGUAUUGAAAAUCAGCUAAUAACUAAUUGGCUCCGUGCGUCUCCCUCUAUUUACAUAAAUUUACAGUCACAUGACACGCUGUCAGUUUUGUAAAGACGUUUUAGUAUUGAAUCUUAUGGGAUUAUUUUGCUUCAAUAUUUUAUUUUCUAGUGAUAAUAAAGAAAUAAAAAUUGUUAGAAUUCAUUAGUUAUUCUUUUAUAAUGUCAUUUGUAGUUCAACAAAAAUAUUUUUUGUCGUUAAUAAAGAUUUAUUGACAUAAUUGACGAUAGUGAGGUUAUAUAGGACAUACCGUAUCCGUACUUUUUGGAGUCAAUUCGGAUUUAUCAGAGCUAAAAAGUGUAUGUAAUAUGUACAAAACUUAUAAAAACGUAAAUAAUAUUAUUGUACAGUGUAUAUGUUGAUGUGUACAUUGCCACAUCCUUUGUACGUAUAGAAAAAGUUAACCUCACUUCAUCCUUAUAACAGCUUUAAUUAAUUUUAUUCUUUGAUCUAAUUUUUUUGGGAAGGAGGAAAAUAAAAGUAUUUCACAUCACUAGUUUUCCAUGUAUUUUUACAGUGAACAACACAACAAAUAACGUGAUAUGGCAUUUUUUUUUAAAUGUUCCAUUUAAACAUACAAUAAAGCGUCCUUACAAAGAUUCAAGCAACCGCCACCAUGAGUAGGUCGGUCGAUUUUGCUUUGACACUAUGUUAACGUUCGGAGCGAAUAGAUAAUUUUUAACAGAAAAUUCUCAAAUUUACUAAAAUUUACUAAAAAACGCGUUUACGUCAUUCAAGAUUUCUGACGUCAGAGCAUUGCCAAAACGUUAGAAUAUGACUUUUGGUCAUGGCCAUGUUUCUUUUAUAGUGAGAAGCUAGGUAUCAUUAAUACUUGUCAGAUAUAUUUUUCUUUGUUAUUGCUUACGGUACAAAUAAUAUCUAAUAAUUAAUUAUUAUUAUCAAAUGAUUAAUGUACAAAUAAUAUCUUAUAAUUAAUUAUGCCAAUCACUUUUUAUUACUUGCCGAAAUAUAUUAAUUAACAAUAAUCGUAAAGUGUAUAGCUGAUUAACAAAAUAGACCAUUUUAAUUUUAAAGCUAAAAAUUACAGUUGCAUGUGUACUGAAUAUUAUUGAAUAGUAGUGAAUAAAUCCUAUUUAUUUCCAAUAAAAUAUUGUAUUGUAGGUAUAACACGAGAUUGUUUAUAAAUAAAUAAAGCUUUGGAAAAGUUAUAAAAUAAUAUGUAUUAGUACCGUAAAAUGGGGUUACUUUGACCGCUGGGGUGAAUUUGACCAAAAACAUAGAAAAAUAUCUAUUGUGAUAUACUUCAGCCACCCUGUAUAAUUUUUAAAAUUCAUUUUUAAUUAAAAAAACAGAAUUAAUAUUCCAAGGGUUGUUAAAUCCACCGAUAUAACGAAUUAAGAAAAAAUGGUUUAAAAAACGGUCAAAUUAACCCCACUUACAAGAAAAAUAAUUUUACAGGCAAAAUGCAUAUACGGUCAACUUCCCCCAGAUGGGGUGAAUUUUUUAUUUUUUUUUUUUUUUUUUCUAAGUCAUGAUUAUUUUCUUGUAAUUAUAAUCUAAGCUACUGAAAGUAGACGCCUAAACCCAUAACAUAUUUGCAUAUAGAAAAAUGUAGCAAAAUUUAAAAUAUGAUUUUUAUAGGACUAAAGUACAAAAUCGGUCAAAGUCACCCCAUUUUACGGUACCUAUUUUUAUUUCAAUGACUAUAGGUACUUCAGUAUUUUUUAUUUUUUAAUGUUAGAUUAGGUUAGUAAUACAUAUACCUAAAUAAUAAUAAAGUACCUGUAGGCACAUAAUGUAGAUAAUAAAAAGCCAAAUCUUUUAUUUCUUUAUAAACAAUCUCAUGCAUUUUUGCAUGUGACAAAUGUGUGACAAAAAGAAAUUUGUUGAAUACGCAGCUAUUGCAAGAAAACGUUUUAUCCCCCAUAUAAUCUGAUGAACUUACUAGCUUUGAACAAACCGUCAAUCUUUAGGAUUCUUCUAAAUAAUGUUAAGUCGUGUAAAUUGAAACUUUAGAUUAUAAAAUUAGUCGUGUAAAUUAAUAAUACCCCGUAUUCCUACUUAGUAUGUGGUUAGUCACCCUGAACGAUCUGGGUGCGAAAAUUUUUUCCCUUGUCUACCCUGGAUUGUUUUUGUAGUGGAUUCGGAGAUGGAUUCGUAAUUGUCUUGGUGUAUGGUGAGGCGUCGAUUUCAAGAAGUGUUACUGGCUAAAUGGGCGCAGUUCCCAAAGACCAUAAAAGAAAAAAAAAUCUCAUGCAUACCUACAAUACACUAUAAAUUGUGGAGGUUAAUUUUACAGUAAACAAAAACAAAGAAAAAUAUAUGUGACAAGUAAUGAUGUCUACUUCUCACUGUGCAAGAAAUAUGACCAUGAUGAUGCAGCAGACAACGCCCAAACCCCAACUAACAAAAUAAUACCGGAUUUACACUCAGUCCUAUUGGACAGGGAAUUGGGCAGGGAAGUGGGCAGCGUGAAUGUGUAAAUAGCUUACUCGCUCUGCUGCUGCUCAUGCUACUGCCAUUGCACUGCAAUCUCCAAAAAGUCGGUUUUCGUCAUGGAAGUCGAAGGACUGGCAGUGCGAGCGCGAGUGAGUAUUCACAUUCAACUAUUCUCUCUCUCACUUACCGCCGGCAAAGCGACAAGUGAGUAAGUGAGCAAGACGAUGCUGUCGGCACAUUCCAUUCUUGAGAGUCGUUCGGUAAAUGAUUUGUGAGGACAUUGGCGAGGAACUGAUGUGAACACCUCACUCGCAUCGAUAUCGUAUUUCGGGCAAUAUUUCCGACAGCAGCAGCGGCAAUGUCUGAGUAUAAAUCUGGCGUUCCGGAUUUACACUCAGUCCUGUUCGACAAGGAAUUGGACAGGGAAGUGGGCAGCGUGAAUAUGUAAAUAGCUCACUCGCUCUGCUCAUGCUCAUGCUACUGCCAUUGCACGACGAUGCCCAAAAAGUCGGUUUUUGUGGCGGAAGUCAAAUGAGAGGCAGCGCGAAUACGAGUGAGUGUUCACAUUCAGCUACUCUCUCUCUCUCUCACUUGCCGCCGGCAAAGCGGCAAGUGAGUAAGGAAGCAAGACGAUGCUGUUGUCACAUUCCAUUCUUGUGAGUCGUUCGGUAAUGAGUUGUGAGGACAUUGGCGAGGAACUUAUGUGAACACCUCACUCGCGUCGAUAUCGUAUUAGGGGCAAUAUUUCCGUCAGCGGCAGCAGAAGUGGCAAUAGCUGCAUAAACAAGAAGCCAUGAUGAAAAGUCUUAAUCUAUGUUUUAACAAUGCUCUGACGUCAGAAAUAAAUGACGCAAGCGUGAUUUUUGUAGUAAAAAUGGUAUUUAUACUUACUUCAAUACAAUACGUGGGAUAUAAAUGAAUUAUAUUACCAGAAUUUGGUGCUACUCAAAAUUACCGCGGGGAGACUAAUAGGGAUUUAAAUAGUUUCGUUGGAAAUCUUUAAAAGUCUAAAAUAUGUAAAAAUUCAAAAAAUAUCCGCACAUUAAGAAUAAUAUCACAUAAUAUACUAUUUUGCACUAGACAUAAUUUGAAUGACCUUUUAUUGUUUAGUACGUUAGACACUUUAAAUAAAAAUAAAUUAUUCUACAUUUUAACAUUCGUAUAUAAACGAAAUGUCAAUGGCACCAGAGAAAAACGUUGUCUUCUGAUGGCACUAAAGUCGAAACGUUAAAUAAAGUUAUUACUUUGAAAAAUUACUGUCAAAAUUAGUAUAAAAGUCUACAUUUAAGUAUACAAGGUGUUAGUGUGUUAAAUAUUUUGUCUUUAGAAUUGUAUAAUAAUUAUUAUAAAGAUAAAUUAAAACAUAAUCAAAGAAAAAUAACAAUAAACGAAAGGUUGAGAACUUUUAGGUCUCUAUGAUCUCUAUCUAUCUAUCCAUAAGCGAGGUUCCUACAGCCUCUGCUCUGCCGCUUCUAGCAUUUCGACUGCCAUCGUUUUCUGUCUAUGCAUUCGUCUUCUUUGAUAGCUCUAUCUCUAAUUAUGUACCGUACAUUAUCUUCCCAGGUAACUGAAGGCCUUCCCCUUCUUCUUCUUUGAUGUCGUAUGUAAUUUAAAUGUUUCUUUGGCCAUCUAUUUCUAUUCGUUCGUUUCACGUGACCAUACCACACUAAUUGUCUCAUUUCAAUUUUAUCUACACUGAAAUAUACAGUAUUUGUCCUCCUUCUAAUAUCUUCAUUCCUGAUGUGAUCGUUUUUGAUAUACCAAACGCUCUCUUUAGAUAAUCGAUUUCUACUACUUCUAUUCUUUUUCUAUCUUUCAGAGUAUGCUGCCAUCAGAAAUAAUAAAACUGGUUAAAAAUUAUCAAAGUUAUAAAACUGUUUACUUGUGGCAUGUUAAAUUUAGAAGGUAUUUGAUUUAAGGGAUUGAGCCACAAUUAUUGUUGGUGUAAUGAAAAUUACAUUCCUUAUGAAACUAUUGUUUGAAGUUUCGACUUCCUUUCCGGAAAUCGUCCUCAGAAAAUUAAAAAGAAAAUUAGGUCAGAAAAUUCUGCGAAAAUUCUCACACCCUGAUCUUUUUAGGUUAUGUGUAUCUUCCUUGCAAAUGAAAUUUGACCUCGAUCUUAAGCACCUAUUUUAGUAAUCUGUGGUUGAAAAAUAUUGUUUGAAGUGAUGUUACCAGGUGGUAAAGUCAUAGACAUAUUAACAAUAGACCAGGCUAGGGAUAUGCCACUCAAUGCAUCGGGGUGUAACGCCAAUAUCAAGUACGGUGGUCUAGCUAUCUUUGUCUGUCGUACGAGUGUGAGCGUAUCUACCAAGAGGUGGGAGUUAUGGAACGACACUGACACAGAGGCAGCGGCCAUCAUUUGCUAGAGAGAGAAAGCUCAGCGCCGCUAGAGAGAGAUAGAUAGACCACCGACCCGAACUGCCUCGCGGUACGCUAUUUUUCGGAACUUGCCUACUCUGUGUUAUUAUAUCUAUGGGUAAAGUCCGUUCGCUCAACUCAGACGCAUUUUGACAGAUUUCGAGUAGGAAACAUGUAACACAAAAAUUCCUAUCUCACGUUUUUAACAGCUCAAAUAAAUUUGCCAUCGCAUAAUUUCAUUGAAAAAAAGAAGAAUUAUUAGAAAUAGUGGGAGUGUACCUAUCCUAAACUCAUAAAAUUUUUCACCCAAUAAUUUGUUUCGAAAUCCUGAGAAAACUAAUUAAUAUUUUUGAAAAAUUUAAACGAAAAAUGAAAGAAUACACUAUUACCGAGGGCCAAUAGUCCCUGAAAACCUCUAUAAUAUUUAUUUGAAUAAGUUACAGGGAUAAAAAAAGAAAAAAUUUAUUGUAAUUUUCAAUCUCAACAUAUACAUCUUAUUCUAAAGAAACAAUUUGUUUAUUUUAAGGGACUUUCGGCCCUCAGUAAUAAUGUAAUCUUUCAAGCUGCGUUUAAUUUUUUUUUUAAAUAUUUUUAUUAGUUUAUUUAGGAUUCGAAAACAAUGAAUGCAUUUAGAAAGCAUUGCAAGCAAAUAAAUUUUGCGCCUACGCUCUUAAUAUUGGCUAUGAGUCUGUCAAAAUGUAACUAAUUUCGCAAAAAAAUAAUUACUAAAAUUACUAGACAAUUAUUGUGUUUGAGAUUAGCAAACCGACUAUAUCAAAUUCUGACUGUUUUUUGUAUAUUGUAUGUAGGGCUUUUCAACGAUUCACAUUUGUUUCGAGCUUCUGUCAUAUGUUGUAUAAUCUGCGUAUGUUAAUUACGGCAGCCUAUUAUAUUGUAUCCUUUGGAUAACCAUAUAAUAUAGUUUAAUGCACCCGAAAAGCUCCCCCUGUCCAUGGGUAUGGGCGCCCAUGAUAUUAAUGUUAUACAUUUACAUAUAAUAUUAUACAACAUAUGAAGAUUAUACAACAUAUGAAGCACACAGAAGCUCGAAACAAAUGAGAAUCGUUGAAAAGUACUAUUGAUUUUUUGUUAGUAUGUUUGUGUAAUCUGUUAUAAAGAUGUGAUUGUCGAUUGAUUAAAAUUAAAAUUAAAAAUUAUAAGUAAGAAAUGUGACUCAAAAAUCCCUUGUGGCAAAAAUUUAUUGGCACAAAGGAUAGUUGAAUAAUGAACAAUAUUUACUACUAAAAAAUCUAGAGUUCGCAUACCUACAUAUUGCACCCCGACUUCGUUAGUGCCAUAACUAGUGUGACAAACUAGUCCGAAAAAUCCGGGACAUGGCCCAAAUUACGAAGUCGUGUCCUAGUGUCCCGAACAAGGCUUCCGGGCCAUCCGAAUGUUCAACCUUUUUUGCUAAAAUUUUAUUUGAAAUUUUGAAUACGUUACUCUUCUAAGAUUUCACAUCGAAUGGAAUUGGUGGGAUGAAAAAACUCAACAAUUUGUAGACUGUAACACUAAUACGUAUUACCACAUCCAAAACGCAUGCAUUUUAUAUCGUCGUAUUAUAGUUCUACGAAAACUCACUGUGAACUUUUUUGGUUACUAUAUUUUAAUUAUCGUCUUCUGAAAAGAGGAUUCAAAAACAAUAACAAUUCAUGUACACACAUGAAUCAGCUGCCCAAAAAAUGGCCCGAUUUUCAUUGAAAAGUCCCGGAUUUCAGGUAUCUUUUUCAGCGUUGUCCCGAAUUCGACUGAAUUGGAGUUGGUCACACUAUCCAUAACCCUAAAAAAAAGGAAAAUAUUUUUUUUGGCCUAACACGUUCCUACAGGCGUUGUCUUUUAUGGCCUGUGUCGCUGUGUAUUACCUUUUCCGAUUUUGGCUCUCGGCAUUAGCAAGAGCGCCACAAACAGUUUGCGUCACGCUGUGGUCGAGAGUGGAUGUGUGGUAAUUCAAUUCAUCUUUGAAUAUUGCCCUAAUAUGUGAUAAUGCCUUUGUUUGCCAAGAAAAAUUACUCAAAUAAAACCUGUGUUAGUGCUAUAACCUGCAGCAGAUUGAUGCGCCCUAAUCCUCUCAAUUUUGAAUAUGGGUGCCUUAACAUUAUCACCUUAUCAUAUUUUAAUGGUGAAUUUCAGGGUAAAGUAAUGUACCUAAAAAUAAAUACAGUGGAACCUCGAUAAGUCGGCCCCCGAUAACCCGGAAGUCCGACUAACCUGGACCGAUUUUCAUCAGACAAACAUUUCAACGAUAAAAAUGUAUGUAUUAUGUUGUGUAAUUUGAACUAUACGAUAGUAAAAAUGACUCACGACGGCGGCGGCAGAGCGAUGUUAAUUAUCUGGGGCUAUCGCAAACAAGAGGCACCUGUUAUUCCUUUAUUUAUUUCCAACGGUCUUUUAAAAAAUUAUUUUUUAAACAAUGGUCUUUUAAACAAUGAAAGAGCCACUGUUCUUAAAUAACAUAACAUUGUUCCGAUGGCAACCGAAACUGACUGAGUUUUUCUACCUAGAAAUGAACAUAUUAUGAACAAUACUCUAUCCUGUCUAUACUAUACUCUAUACAACUAUAGGUAAGUUAGAUGUGUACUGUGCGUAUAUAUUUCAUGUUAUUUUAAUUAUAACGGACUUUAUCUAUAAGUAUACCGUAUUUUAUUAAUUUUUACCAUGCUCUCCGGCUAACCCGGAUUUUCGAUAACCCGGAUCGGCCGCGGUCCCGAUUAAUCCGAGUUAUCGAGGUUCAUGAGUGCAGAAUUUGGUCAACUUAGAUAGUGACGUUGCAGAUAAAAAAAAAAUGAAAAGAGUUCACAUAAAAUCUUGUAUUUGCUCUCCUAAAAAGUUUACCAUUUCGGGGUUAUGGCAAUGACGAAGUCGGGGUGCGAUAUAUCCAUAUGAUAUAAAAUAAAGGUAAAAGAGGUAUCAGGCAGAUUGUGCCUAUUGUAUAUAUCUAAGAAAUACAACUGAAGGUUCUUUAUACUAAAACAAGACUGUUUUAGAGCAACGAUGAUCAUGGUCUGUAUUUAGUAUUAUACCUAUGUCAAAGAAUACAUAUCUACCACUGGUAGAUAUGUAUUCUUUGCCUAUGUAGUAUGUAUAUAAUAGCAGUACAUGUGUAGUUAAGUACAGUAAAUAUCAUUGAAAGGAUUUUCUCUCUCACAUGCACUAUUAUGUUGCACGACAUCUUUACUGUGAUUGAUUUCCAAUAUUUCGAUGUAUCACUAAAAGACAUAAAGGUAGUCCACAUGCUACUAUGAUCCAAUAGGUAGCCUAAAAUGUAUAUUACAACUACACGAGUAACACGAGAACUUUUAUGGAACCUAUUGGAAGUAUUAAAAAUAGACUGGACGCUGACCUGCAAACCACACUUGCAUUAUAGUUAUUAAGGUACCAAGGUUAUCAUCUAUAAUACCCGUGGUGCCUUCAACGUUUAAUGUCCGACUAAAUAAUUCUUUAUAUUCAAAAAAUUUGAAUGAAUUUUGAAUUAAUUAGUUUUCAAAUAAGUACAUUUACCUACCAGCAAUAGUCGUAACGUAAUUGUGGUAACCAUAGUUUUACUUUGCUUAUUAUUUAUCAACUUGACAGUAUUUAACUCGUUAUUUAAAUUUAAUACCCUAGGGCGUUAUUUUUAAAAAUAACGCCCAAGGGCAUUAUAUCGUACUUAACUGACUCCGAAAUCAUGUCAUUAUUUGAAAAAUAAUAUACCAGUCGGACAUUAAUAGAUUUUAUGGUACGUAGUGUUAAGACUAAACUAAGGUGGCCACUACAUGUGCAUUAGGUCUUACAAUAAUAGAGUUCUAUAUUAUUUACAUAUAUGAAGCGUGGUUUUGUUUUUACAUUUUUCAAAAAUAGUGAUACUUAGUCCACAUGAUGAUCUACAAAUUAUAAAGUGGGCUAAAACAAUUUUUCACACAAAUUUUCACAAAAACUUUUCCUUUUUUUUUAAAGAACACUUUCAUUAGUACAGAUAUAAUGACCGUACCUUCAAACAUGUUCUUUAAUUUGAUAUUUAUUGGUACUGGUCUUAACCGGCGUUACAUACUGUUACAAAAUUAAAAGAUUGAUUUGGUAAUAAACACACUGCUCUUCUUUUAUGUGCAGCACAAUAAUUGCCUGACAUAAAUUCCAUUAAGUUCGUAUGGAAUAUGUUCCAAGCAGGAUCUCCUCUCAUCUGGCAAUGUUCAUCCUCUCCAACUCCUUCAAGGUCUUACAAAACUGAUUACCUCAAAGUUAUAUUAUAACACCGGUUUAUAGCGUCCUUCGCCUUCCGGUUGCUAUUUUCCAGUUGCGUCGAUCUGUCCAAUCUUCUGGUCGUAGAUCUCUCUCAGAGAUUGCUUUCUGGAUUCCACUUAUCCAGGUAAUAUUCGGUCUGCCCCUUCUCCUCUUUCCGGGGUUGCCAUUCCAUUAUUAGCUUUGGGAGUCGAUGUUCCUCCAUUCUCUGUACAUGGCCAUACCAACAAAUUUUCUUGGAUUUCUUCUAUUAUGUUUAUUUUCCUAUUCAUAAUAUCUCGUACUCGUUCAUUCGUUAUGUGUGAGACUCUAGAAAUGCAGGCCGAUCUUCACCAGAAGUCCAUUUCCAUUGCGAGCAACUUUUUUUUAUAUGUUUAUUAGGCAAUCUGUUAUAACAUAUAACAAUAGGCACAUUUUAUCUGAGAAAUAAUGACAUGAAGAGAUUGUGACCAGCGCCACACAUCUCUAGAAAGAUAAUAUUAAAUUACUGUAUUACAUAUAUUAACUUAGCUACUGUAACAAUAUUAAUGUCUGUGCGGUAAAUCUAAUGGUGUCUGCCUCUUUAACCGUUUUGUUUCCUGACUGUUGUCUAAAAAAUUAAUUGCAAGCACAUUCGCGUGGCUUUCAAGACGUACGAUGUAUUUUGCACUUAACUCCACUAUCACUUCACUGACGGUUUUCGUUUCCAGGUCAUUGUAAAUAUCCCUGUUAGUAAGAAACCACGGAGCAUCGAUUAUUGAACGUAACACCUUGGACUGGAAUCUCUCAAUUAUGGAUAAAUUCGACUUGGAUGCUAUUCCCCAGAGCUGCAGACCAUAUACCCAGACUGAUUUGAAUAUUGUGUUGUAGACUAACAGUUUAUUUCUUGUCGUGAGCUUAGACUUACGCCCUAGAAGCCAAUAAUGCUUACUAAAUUUUAUGCCCAGUUGUUUCCGUUUGUUCCAUAUAUAGGUUCUCCAGGUUAAUCCCCUGUCCAAGUGAAUGCCCAGGUAUAUUACAGAGGUAACUGAGGGAAUUACCUUAUUAUUUAUUGUUACUGUAGGUGAUUCACUUUGACAUUUUGUAAAAACAAUAUGGUUUGAUUUUUGUUCAUUCAAUUUAAUUCUCCAAUUUUGAGCCCAUGUAUUUAUUUGAUUUAAUACUCUCUGGAGUUUAGCAGCAGCUUCGACGGGAUUUUUGUGUACUGCUAGAAUUGCAGUAUCGUCUGCAAAGGUGGUGGUCGUUGUAUCAUGAUUUGUGGGUAAGUCGGCUGUGUAAACCAGAUACAGUUGUGGUCCCAGAACGCUUCCUUGAGGUACCCCUGAUCUGAUGGGAUAUAGUUUUGUAUAGGCUGACUCAAACUUCACUCGAAAGUGUCUUUCUGAUAAAUACGACUUAAGGAGUGUAUAUAGUUUCUCUGGUAAGUUCUUUUUCCGUUUAUACAACAGUCCUUGAUGCCAAACGUUAUCAAAAGCCUGGCUAACAUCGAGGAAUGCUGCUGAAUAGUAACUUUUUUCUUCAAAUGUUUUAUUUAUAACGUUGACCACUCUGUGAAUUUGUUCGACUGUACCAUGCUCUUUCCUAAAGCCAAAUUGGUUGUCGGGUAUCAUAUUUCUGUCUGUUAGUAUUUGUAGAGAUCUUUUUUCUAUUAUUUUUUUCCAUGAUCUUAGGCAAUACUGGCAUUAAACUAAUUGGUCGAUAUGAAGUGGGCUCAUUUGGAGGUUUUCCUGAUUUUUGUAUAAGGAUAAUUUCCGCAAUUUUUCAUUGGAUUGGGAAGUGUUUUAGCCUUAGUACCGCAUUACACAAUUGAGUUAGCAUUUUAAUUGCUUUGGUAGGUAGAUUUAUAAUUAUCUAAUAGCGAGCAACUUUUGUUCUGUUCGAUUAUUCAGUUGCCAGGUUUCACAUCCAUACAGUACCACGCUUUUAAAGAUACUAAUAUAUAGCUGUAAUUCCCUUUCUUUUGAUACGGUUCUUGACCAAAGUAGUAAGUUCAAAUCUCCUAUAACUUUCUUUCCUUUUUAUAAUUCUUUCCUCGAUUUCAAAUUCUGUCCUUUCACUUUGUUUAUUAACUUCAUCUACACUUAUGUACUGUGAGUAGAAACUCAGCACAUCAAAAUAUUUUUAUUCUUAUGAAAUAGAGUAUCUAUAAACUUAUACUUUAUGCUCAUACUCAUGAGAACAUACUCGUGAGUUUAUACUCCGUUUUUAACAAUGAAAGAUUACCCAUGAGCGAUCAUAUUAAACACAUAUUUUCUAUGUUCCAGAAAAUAAUGAACUGGUACCAGUACUAUAAGAACAGCUUAUAUAUAAGUAUUACAUGUACAUACUUGCGUUGGCCAAUUUUGUUUGUGAGACGGUGACAGAAAAAUACAGCGUGUUUUAUAUUAUAUUCGUUCAUGGGUAAUCUUUCAUUUUCCUCUUGUAUAUUUCGUUUGCUCUAUAUUGACGUAUAGGCCCCAUUUUUUGUAUUCUUGAAACAACCGGUUUCUCAUAAAUAUUAGAUGAUCUUUAUUCUGGGAAAUCACCCCCAUAUCGUAGUCCCUUAUUCACCAUAACGCUAUCGGAUAAUUUGUUGUUGAUUUUUGUGUUUGCUUGAAUGUUGUUAUAGAACUUUUGCACUGCUUUUAUUAAAGUUAUAUUAAUAGGGGAUUUUUCCAGAACUUACCAUAAUUUACACAGUGGUAUGAUAUCAUAUGCCUUAGUCAGAUCGACGAAUAUUAGGUGUAUUUCUCUGUCUCUGGCUACUUUUUUUUUUUUUCGUUGAGUUAGUUGAGCGUGAAGAUGUGGUCGAUGCAGCAUCUUCCUGCUCGGAAUCCUGCUUGUUGUUCGAUCUCAAAAGGUGCAUAUUCAUUUUCUAUUAGAGUUUUUAAAGUUUUUCCAUAUAAUCUGCUAAAGUUGCUGGUUACAGUAAUAGGUACAUCGAUAGUUCUUGCAGUCUUCUAUGUUACCCUUUUUGUGUAUUGGCGUUAUCCAUCCUUUUUUCCAAUUUUCUGGUAUGUUUUCUCCAUUUGUGUAGUUGUUGAAAAUUAAGGUUAUUGAUUUGAUCAACUUUGCAGUUUCAUUUUUUAUAUGUUCCGCUGGGAUUCCUACUGGAUCACAUGUUUUUUAUUUUUUAGUGAUAUUAUCAUUCUCUCAACGAAUUCGUCAUUUAAUUUAAUUUAAAAUGUAGUGCUUUGGUGAUAUAUUUAUGUAUUCCUGCCCAUUUGCUUGAAGUUCUUCUUUGUAGUGGGUUUUCCAUUUCUUUAAAUCAAUAAUUUGACUAUUUGCAUUAUUUCUAUUAUCAUUUCUUAGAUUUCGAAUAAACCUUCAAGUUUCUGAGAAUCUGCUUCCGCCUAGGUGACAUUCCACUUCCUUACAUCUCUGUACCCAGGUAUGGUUCUCAUUUUUUGAUAACAUUUUUUUUAUAUUUGGUUAAUUCUUCGCGGUAUUGGGUUGUAUCACUAUGUGUUUUGUGAUUUCAACCAUUUAUGAUACUUCUGUUGUUUUAUUUGUUUCUGUUGUUCAAGUUCAUCGCUCCAGAUUAUGUUAAUAUUUCUCCUAGUAUUUGAAAGCUCUUCCAUACCUAAUGCUUCAUUGGCUGCUUAAUUAAUCUCAAAUGUUAUUUUGUCGUAUAUUGUAUUGGUGCUACAUGUCAGGUCAAUUUGAUCAAGUUUUUGAUCCAGUCUGUUCUGGUAAGGAGACCUGGUGCUGUCGUCAUACAGCCCAGUUAGAUUAAAUUUGGUCUCUUUAACUAUUUUUUGUUCUUUUCCUCUUGCGAUAUUUCAUUUAUUCCAUGUUUGAAGGAGAUUUGAGCUCGAGAGAUUAGUAGAUAAUGGUCAGCUCCGCAUUCUACACCUUUGCAUUGUAUACCCUUGUGUCUUGGAUUUUCCAUUCUGAUUUUUGUUUUAUUAUAAUAGUCUAUUACCUCAAAGCUAUUACCUAAAAACAACAUUGAUAAUUAAAUUUUAAGUAUCUCAAAAAUCUGUCAAUCUGUAAUUAUAAUGUUGCUGAGGGAAAUCCAGAGUGUUAGAAACACGUUUUGUUUAUAUCAUCAUGUUUUACAGAUGUUAUGUUAAGAAUAUUAAUUAAAUAAUUAAUAAAAAAAGUCGAAUCGCUUUUCUGUGGCACAACUGUCUAGUGACGUUAGUAAUUUCUUUUUUGGGAAGGUCAGUUGCUAGACGUGACUGGAAAUUACUACACAACCAAACAUACCUGCUGUUAGCCAAUAUUAGUAACAGGAAACAUACAUAAAUAACAUAAACCUUACGCCAAUAUUAUUUAUUUACACCAUUAUAAUGUAUUGAUAACAAAUGAGAAAAUUAUUUAUUGUACAAAAUAAAAAUAUUUUGUAGAAAUAAACUCCACAAAAUUUUAUGAGAUUAGUAUACACUCCCACUAUUUCUAAUAAUUCUUCUUUUUUUUAAUGAAAGAUUAAGUUGAUUUGAGCAGUUAAUAGUGUGAGGUAGGAAUUUUUGUGUUGUAGGUAUGUUUCCUAUUCCGAAUAUGUCAAAGUAAACCUCGGUAGAACGAAUUUAGAUUACACUACUUGUUUUAUUGUUUUAUCAAAGGGAAAUCUAAUAUUAAAAUGAGUUCGUUGCUUACUAAUUUACAAUGGUUUCUUACUUUUUAAAAUCCAAUUAAAAAUUCUUGAAAAAAACUAUCUGUCAAAAACUGUCUCCCUCAGACAUUUUUUUUACUUUGUCAAACAAAAUUAGGUUUAUUAUAUCACAAUCUGAUAGGAAUACACAAAUUGCGUUGGCAAUUUACAAUAUGGCAUAAAAGACGCCAAUGAUUGUUACAUAGUUGUUUAUAUUCACUAGAUGUUGUUUAUUUUUCAAAUGAUUAGCAAUUGUUAUUUAAUAUUAAUUUUAAAUAAAUAAAUAAAUAAAUAAUAAAAAGUGUAA